AUGACGAUAUCUCCGCAGGAAAGAGAGGCCCGAAGGGGAGUGCAAAGGGAGAAUUCGCUUGGCCUCAUCGACAUCUUCGGGGAUCGGGCGGUCGUCGACCCCUACGCCACGAGUAACCAGGAAUUUUCCAAGUUGGCAUCCAAAAACCCCACCGAAAGGAGGUCAAACAAUUUACAGGGCUCUAAGUCGCUGCACGAUUCUCGCACCAGCGCCAGUCUAGGUCCAAAUCAUCGACGGCGACAAAUGCAGGUGGAAUCGGAUGCAAUUAUGUCUGGGGCGGAAACGGAGGACACUUGUCGUUCUUCGGCAAGCCGGAUACGACGAAGUGGAGAGAGGGUUCGGCGCAGUAAAGGGCGGGAACGGAAAGCUGGAGUCAGCCGCACACGAUCGUCCGGUACGCCGCGUUCUCUAGAGGCAGGUCUAAAGACUACCCUUUCCCACGAGAGCAAUCAGGAUAGUGCACAAGCGGCUGACGAUGAAAUGCUGCUGGAAUUGGUUGAACAUCGCACUAAGGAACGCAGUCGUACUGGCUUGGUAAAGGUAACGCAACGUACACUUUCCGUGCGAGGCGAAAGUAGGAGUGCACGAGGUUAUAGAUCGUCCGAACUAGCACCAGUGCCUCGUUCCAAAAGUUCCCGAGUCGAAUCUACCGACAAGUCCAGCGCCAAAGAAUCGGUCCGGCUCCGAAAAAUUCCAGAUAUUCCUCAGGACGUAGAACACAGUCCGCCCGAGGUACACGCAGUAGCAAUUUAUCGUGGAAAAGCGAGAGUCUCAAAAAGGGGACCUUCCUCAGUGACUGGACAUCGCCGUCGUACCGACUCUAACGAUUCAGCACGGUCGCACGAGAAACCUCGUCGGUCACGAACUCGAAGGGAACACACGCAUGCUUAUGCAGAAAAAACGGGAGCUGGCAAAGGGGAAAGCGCUUCUCCUCGUCGUCGACACCGCUCACACACUCAUUCCCCUGUACGACCUCCGAAGUCACCCCGUCGCCAUCGACAGCUUUCUCCCCGAAAAGUCUUGGACUCGCCCAGUCUAGCCGGAGACGAAGAAAAAUUUAGACCUAGGCUCACUUUGAAAGCCCCUUCAUUGAAGGAUUUAUCUUUGGAUGAGCAAUCCCCGAGAUCACUUACUGAAGCAGAAGGGGCAUGGCUAGAGAAUGCUAGCAAGGGAGACAACAGCAUGAAGCAGAAGAGUCAGGCUAGUUCCGAAUACGAAUCCGAAGAAGAAAGUACCGCUGGAAGGAAUAGCAAUGGCUCCGUGUUACAAUUUGAUCCUAGCCAAUCGGAUAAUGUAUACCGUGUCAAGCAGGUCACAAGGAUGGAUUCGGGGCUGCAAAUCGGAGAGAACGGUCAGAGUGUAGACGUUUCGAUUGCGCAAUUAUGCGAUCCUUUGGGUGACGCCAAACCAGUUCUACGGGCUAGAAAAGAAUUGCCAAUAUUUGACUUUUUGGAAAGUAACGAUGAUGCCAUGAUGACAUUUACCGAUACGGACCCGAUGGAAGUCAGCCAUAAAGCCGUUGGUCUUGACAGUCCUUCAGGCGGCGAGAAUAGUGACAGUGAUGGUAUUGAUGUGAAUAAAUUUCAGAUGCAUGUGAUGAGUCCGGGCGUCUAUCAUUCUAGCGACGAAGAUAGACGCGAGGCUCGGGCUCUUCGACCUCACACCAAUCUUACGUUUCGUAGCUCCGGAGGUGAAAGAGGAGCCGAUGAAGCUAUUUUGAUGGCUAGUCCGAACAAAGAAUUACCUAUUUACCCAUCCGGAGGUGAAGAAGAGGAAGAGGAUGCAGUUCGGGAAGAAGAUAAGAUGGAUUAUAUGGUGUCCAGGAAAAGAGAUCUGGGUCUGCCAAAAACAAUGGACUGCGAAAGCGAAUCGUUCGACUUUGUGUCGUACGGAAGUGACUACGCCAGCGAAACGGACCGGUCAUCCCGCGGCAUCCGUAGCAAAAGUCGAGCUAAAUCGCAGCCAUCUGUGCUGGGAUUGUCUUCUGGUGGCCAAGGGGACGAAGUCGGCAAAGUGCGGGUAAAAAAGCAGGGCCAAAAGGGGCGCUCAAGACAGUCCGCGCGCGUCCAUCCGACACUCAAGCGGACGUCGACGACACUCGAAAACGCCGACCUCGGAAGUUGA